AUUGCAUCAAGUUUUCAGCACCGAAGUGAAAUUUUUGAUAGAAAGGUUAAACAAAAUGUAUUCUGAUUAUAAGAAGAAACCUACGAUUUGCCCCUUGGCGUUUAUAUGUUAGUAGUAUCGAAGCGAAUUAAUACUCGUUACUUCAUUAAUGGCAGGAAUCCACCUCCAGGUUCCGUGGUUGAGAAACUCGAGCAAGAGUAUAAGCGUGUGGGCUCUGAAAAACCACCUAUGUUUGCAUAUGUUGUGGUACCAAAAAGUAUUAAUACCCGACUCUUUGCACGAGGCCGAAAUCCGCCUCCUGGUACAAUAGUCGAUGAUGUAGUUACGUGUCCAGAACGUUAUGACUUUUUCUUGGUAUCUCAGUCUGUGCAACAAGGAACAGUGUCCCCAACAAACUAUAAUAUUGUAUACAGCAAUAUUCGUUUAACACCAGAUCAAAUGCAGCUUUUAACAUACAAAAUGACCCAUCUGUAUUAUAAUUGGAGUGGCACUUGCCGUGUACCUGCCGUGUGCCAAUACGCGCACGAACUUGCAUUCCUUGUCGCUGAGAGCAUUCAUCGUUUGCCAAGCAACGCUUUAGAAAAGCAACUUUAUUUCCUUUAAACAGUUUGAAAGUUUAUAUAUUUUAUACAUAAUGAGAUAAACUAAAUUUUAUCCAUUUCAAUUUUUCCUUGGGACGAUUCCUUGGGACAACUACCUUAUUAAAGGUGUUACCGUGGAUAAGGGUAUUCCUCAUUGUCAAAUUUUGUAUAUCUAGGCAGGCUGAGUAUGCCUCUG